AGGUUGACUUUCUUCAUAGACUGGCAGUGGUUGUGUGUGGAAGAGCGGUGCGAUCCCAAGGAUACGGUGCACAGUGCAAUCGUAGGAGUUGUGUAGGCACAUACAGUAAUCUUAGCAGUGAUCCCAGCACGAACGACAAGUGAAGCGAAGUUAUUGCCUUUGGGAUAUUCGGCAGAAGCAAACUCGAGUUCGAGUGUCGGCACGUGAGAUGGUCAAAGCUGGGACUAAAACCUCAAGCGAUAGUUCGUUCUGUGGCAUCCGCAAUCGACGCGUGCGCAUAGCGUUUGUGCUGCGUGUGUUGUUUGUGCUGUGUCUAGGGUCGUUACAUGUGCUCAAUCUUGCUUUAGCGCCAACAGACAGCAAACGAACGAGCGAUGGCUUGCGCUCGGUUGGCGCAGCCGGUGGUCGAAGGCUGCUAACCAUACCACAGAGCGAGGUGGAACUGUUGGAUUUGCUUAACGGAACACUUCCAUCCGAGUUUAGCUCCACCACGGAAGAGUCGACCGUGGAUGGAGUCGACAAUGCGACCGAACCUGCAGCAACUGAGCGUAAUUGUACUCCGGCCGCCAUCUUUGAGUUUCCUUCGGAUGGGUUUACGCGCGAGGAUCGCCGACAUGGUUGGAUAUUGGUGCACAUAGUGAUCGCCUGCUACUGCUUCUGGCUGCUUGCCAUCGUGUGCGAUGAUUACUUUGUCCCGGCGAUCGAGUUGAUGUGCAAAAAACUGCAGGUAAAGGAAGAUGUGGCAGGUGCUACGUUUAUGGCGGCGGCCUCCUCCAGCCCGGAACUUUUCAUCAACUGCGUGGGCACGUUCGUGACGAAGGGCGAUCUGGGCGUGGGUGCUGUGGUAGGAUCGGCCGUCUUUAACAUUCUGGCCGUGCCAGCCGUUUGUGGACUUUUAGGUGGUCAGGUCGUACAGCUAAGAUGGUGGCCCGUAACGCGCGAUUCCAUGAUGUACGGAAUAGCGGUGAUGGGUUUAAUUGGAGUCCUGUAUGAUGGCAAAGUGAUGUGGUACGAGGCCACUGUACUGGUGUCUGCUUACGUGUUUUACAUUACCGCGAUGUACUGCAACGAUACGAUCAACCGCUUCAUGUCGAAAACGUUCCGCCGGAAAUCCUACAUACGCCCGUACACGGAGGUGACGGAAAUUUCGCCCCUGCUUUCGAAUGGAGCGGGCGCAAAGUCAGCCCCUGGAGCGGCCAAGAACGGCACGAACGGUCAGCAUGCCUGCGACAGUGACGCUAGCGAUGACAGCUUCGAGGAGUACGAACUGGCGACCUCACCGUGGAACCAUCGGGACGACAGCUUGACGGCGUUCGUGUGCCGCUGGCCCAUCACGCUGGUAUUGUGGGCGACCAUCCCCGACUGUCGGCGCUAUCCCCGGCUGCGCCUGGUCACCUUCUUUGCCUGCAUCUUCUGGAUUGGCAUCACGUCCUACUUUGUCGCGUUCCUCAUCACCGUCGUCGAUAAUCAACCGUUCUUUCGCUACUUUCAAGGUGACACGAUCGACAUACCGGACUCGGUGAUGGGCCUGACGUUCCUGGCGGCGGGCACCAGCGUACCGGAGGCGGUGUCCAGCAUUAUCGUCACGAACCAGGGCCACGGUGAGAUGGGCAUCAGCAACUCGAUCGGCUCGAACACGUUCGACAUACUGCUGUGCCUGGGGUUGCCCUGGUUGAUUAAGUCACUUGCCUUCCCGGCCGUCCCAGGCGAACGGUGGGUUGCGCUUAACUCGUCCGGGCUCACCUACUCGGCCAUUUCGCUCCUGUCGACACUGUGCGGCCUGUACCUGGCGUUCUGGUGCAAUCGCUUCAAGCUCGACUGGAAAGUGGGCCUCACCUGUCUGUCGAUGUACAUCGGCUUCCUGACCGUGUCGAGCCUGAUAGAGCUGAACGUGUUUUUCCCAGUGAAUCUUCCUACCUGUCCCCACUGAUACGGCGUAUGAUCUCAGUGCUUCGGUGGGAUGGUCGAAUGGCAGUAGGGAUUUUUGUGUACGUGUAUGGCUAGAGUAGAUGCAAUUACCAAUCGUUGGGGUUGUUUGGUGCGUAGGGUUACUGUUUUAAAUGAUAUAUUUAAAGCACGGCAUUUGUAGUUAGUAAAGCUGUUCGCAACGGUUCGUUGUACAUACGGGGCAAACAGCGACCAGCCGCACGACUGUUUUAUUCGGGAGUAUUUAAACGAGCUGUUUUAGUAGUUAAAAAUAAAGCGAAAAUAUAAAAAUGACA